AUGCCUUCCAAAGCUCUCAAGAUCAACGGCGAAAGGCUGAACAGCACAUUACAAGAAACAUGCACUUCAUACGGCGCUCUCCCAGCGCCGUCAACAGGCAUGUGCCGCCUAACCUUAACCCCCUCCGACAAAGCGGCUCGAGACUGGCUAGUCAGCGAAUGCAAGAGUCUAGGAUGCGACAUCAAAAUCGAUCAAAUGGGAAACAUAUUCGCCAUACGCCCAGGUACCGCUACAGACAAAGCACCAAUUGGCAUGGGUAGUCACAUGGACACGCAACCAGCAGGCGGGAGAUACGACGGCAUCCUAGGCGUUCAAUCAGCCCUAGAAGUCCUCCGUACCCUGCACGAAAACAACAUCCAAACCCACCACCCCAUCGCCCUGAUAAACUGGACCAACGAAGAAGGCGCGCGGUUCCCCGGCGCAAUGAUGGCAUCCGGUGUCUGGAGUACGCACAGUAGCACAGAUCUAUCCGCAUGCCAUGCUCUCCACGAUACCGACAAGAUAUCCAUGGCAACUGCUUUACAGGAAACAGGAUACCUUGGUUCAACGCCGUGCGAUUACCGCGAGAACACUCUGUCCGCGCACUUCGAACUACACAUUGAGCAAGGCCCAAUCCUUGAGCGUGAGGGAAAGCAAGUCGGUGUUGUUACGAGUGUACAAGGAAUGAAAUGGUUCGCCAUCCGCGUCACAGGUCGAGAAGGCCAUUCAGGCACAACGCCCAUGGAAGGAAGAGCAGACGCUCUAGUAACAGCUGCACGGCUCAUCACCGCCGUAAGAGACACCGCCGUGCAGACUGGCCUGGGUGUAGCUACCGUGGGUGUCAUCAGCAGUGAUACAAGUUCGCAAGCUACUAUACCCGCUGGCGUAGGAUUCGUGGUGGAUGUUAGAUGCGACACUGAUGAUCUCGUCGAUCAGCUUUCCGAGUCCAUCUUACGCGCAUUCGAUCAAGUCAUCAAGGAAGAAGACAACGGGACCAAGUAUUCCGUGGAGCGUACAUGGGGAUUACCCGAAUCGAAGUUCCAUCCGGAUUGUAUCGAGGCUGUGAGGACGGCGGCGUGCGUGGACGAGCAGGGUGUGUCCGACAAGUAUGAUAUUCGUGCCGAGCAAAGGGGGGAUAAGUCACAAUCCGGAAGAGUAUACGAGUCCUGA